GUUCCGACUCCUUAGCCGUCAAUGAGGGCUACUCUUAGCUGUUUUUGCUCUCCUGAUACAGUACAGAAACGUAGAUGAACUGAUAUUUUUGACUAUAGGCAUUUGUUUAGGAUACUUCAAUUAGAUUAUAUUCCCCUUCAGCCUCCGUUGGGAUCCUUGGAAGCCAGUUUCCAGUGCCUUUGUCUCUCUGUGCCCUCUCAGUAGUCAUCAUGGGCGAGGUGGAGUUGUCCUGCCGGGCUUAUGUGAAGAUGUAUCUGCACUGCUGUCUCUUUCCUCGGUGCAGCAUCAACGGGCUGCUGUUGUCGUCCAGCACGACAGGCGGCGCUGUCUGUGUGACAGACUGUGUACCGCUGCUUCACUCCCACCUACCUCUGGCUCCCAUUACUCAGCUAGCCCUCACACAGGUGGAUGUGUGGUGUUCACAGACUCAGCAGAGGAUAGUGGGAUACUAUCAAGCCAACGCGUGCGUGUCAGAUAGCAGCCCAACUCCGUGUGCAAUGAAGAUAGCCGAUAAGAUUUCUGAGCAGUUUGAAAAUGCAGUUUUGUUGAUGCUUGAUGGCAGUAAGAUGUCUCCAGACUAUCGGGUUCCCCCCAUCGUGGUGUACGAGCGUAAAGAUUCAAAAUGGGCACUCAAAGACAAACACACGAUAAUGCUGAGACAGUGGGAGGAGACUCGGGCGAUAGCCAGCCAGAUGCUGGAGUCCGGCGAUCAUAUGCUGUUGGUCGAUUUCGACAGCCACUUGGACGACAUUACAAAGGACUGGACCAAUCAGAAACUAAACGGCAAGAUAGCGGAGCUCACCUCGCCGGCCAAUGGGAGCAUGUAGACAGAGAAGUAGCAUCACUUUGUAUUAGAGUCCAGAUUUAUUUAUGUUCUGACACAGCGUCAUCCUUGUGUACAGAUGUGAUUUUUAUAAUCAGACACAAGCACACCUUCCACACAGUUAAGGAUUUAUGCUUCUUUUAAAUGAAUUUUCUCGACUGGAUAGGGACAUAAUGUAGGACAUGCACAACUAACAACAUAUUUACAGUUUGUUAGAGCUCUGCAGUCUUCCACCUCCCCCUUAACACCCUCCCCCAGAGUGUGCCUUGUGGUUCAGCCCAACAGCCCCCUGACAUAAAGAGUUGACUGACUUAAGUCACCUUCAAAACGCCUUCAACAUCGUCUCACUGUACUUGUGCUAUUUCUGCUCCAGUUGUCCUUUUUGUUGCUGUAUUAUUGUUAUUUCCUAUGGACAUUACAAGCUCUAAGGGGUGGACUUAAUAAUGGAAACACCUUUAGAAAAGUACUGCUCUAAAUACAAUUUUGUUGAAGCUUAAAA